AUGGCUUCAGUGAGGCAGCAAACUUUGAGGCAAAAGUUUGAUUUGUUGCAGAUGAAGGAGGAGGAGACAGUUCAACACUAUAUUACUAGAGUGUUAGCUGUGGUUAAUCAAAUCAAAGGAAUGGGAAGUGAGUUGAAGGAUGCUGAGGUGUUGCUUAAGGUGAUGAGAAGCUUGUCUACAAGAUUUAUACAUGAUGUGACUUCAAUUGAAGAAGCUAGAGACAUGUCCAAAGUGUCUCUUGAUGAGUUAAGUGGGUCUUUACAAGCUCAUGAGGCCAGGUUUAAUCAGUUCUCUAAAAAACAUGAAGCUUUUGUAAUGCAAGGAGACUCAAGAGAUGGUAGAAUGACAGGAAGGGGAAGAAAUUUCAGAGGUAGAGGAAGAUGUGAAGAUAAUCCAAGAGGAGAUGAUCAAAGGCAAGCUAUGCAUCAACAAAGACAACAAUAUACAAAUAAAGGAAGCAGAGGAGGUCCAAGGCCUUUUGGGAGAUUCAGUAGGGGCCAAAGAUAG